AUGACUGCGGACCGGAACGGCGGCAACAUCCACUUGAUCAUGGUUUAUGAGCCGAUCGGUGCCGCAAACAUUGGCACCAAGCGUCCAGACCCGUUUGAUAAGCUGGUCACCUGCACCCUGACCUGGGCCCCCAAUGACGAAGAUCCAGAUGUUGACGACGCGCUCUCAGAGAUUGAUUUCGGUUGCAUCAUCAGCGAAUUGGUGGUUGGAGUCGCGGUAACCACCCAAGAGGUCGUGGUCAUUCCUCAAUUCACAUAUAUCAUAACCAACGAGGAUGGAAACAGGCGGAGUCCGGCUCCCCUGAGCCCGGCCAAUGUCCAUGACUACGAGGAUGCCAACGCUGUUGGUGUCAACGAUGGUGACGACUGCUAA